GUGGGAGUCUGGAGAGGUGGCAGCGAUGCUUGAUCGAGCGUCGGGACGCGCUUGUAGCUACUAGGACAGCGUCAACCUCCGAUCGUCCUCAGGCACAGAGGCCCUUUCUGUUUUGAUCUACGUGAGACCCAAACAACCAGCUCCACCAUGGACGCGAUCAAGAAGAAAAUGCAAGCUAUGAAGCUUGAAAAGGACAACGCAGCUGACAAGGCUGACGCGAUGGAGGGUCAGUACAAGGACGCAAACGCGCGUGCCGAAAAGAUCAACGAGGAAGUUCGUGACUUGCAGAAGAAGCUUUCUCAAAUUGAGAACGAAUUCGCAACCAACAAGCAAGCUCUAGAAAUGGCCAACCAAGAACUUGAAAACAAAGACAAACAACUUACCCAAGCUGAAUCUGAAGUAGCUGCCCAAAACAGGAAAGUACAACUCAUUGAAGAAGAUUUGGAAAGAUCUGAGGAGCGUCUGACCACAGCUACCUCCAAAUUGGCAGAAGCUUCCCAAGCUGCCGAUGAAAGUUUCCGUAUGUGCAAAGUAUUGGAGAACCGUUCACAACAAGAUGAAGAACGUAUGGACCAACUAACCAACCAAUUGAAAGAAGCACGUCUUCUGGCUGAAGAUGCCGAUAACAAAUCAGAUGAAGUAUCCCGCAAGCUGGCCUUCGUUGAAGAUGAACUAGAAGUAGCUGAAGACCGUGUCAAGGGUGGAGAUGCCAAGAUUAUGGAAUUGGAAGAAGAAUUGAAAGUCGUAGGUAACUCUUUGAAAUCUCUGGAAGUAUCCGAAGAAAAGGCCAACCAGAGGGUAGAAGAAUUCAAAAAGCAAUUGAAGGGUCUCACCGUCAAGCUAAAGGAAGCCGAAGCUCGUGCUGAAUUCGCUGAGAAGACCGUCAAGAAGUUGCAGAAGGAAGUCGACAGACUUGAAGACGAGCUUGGUAUCAACAAAGACAGGUACAAGUCCCUUGCCGAUGAAAUGGACUCCACAUUCGCUGAACUCGCUGGAUAUUAAGAAUCUUCAUCUGUCGUGCCGCCAUUGCACCUACAUCGUUUUGGCGCGAGAAAUUUAAAUGAUAAUAAUCCAUUAAUUAAUUUAUAUAUUGUAUUUCAGACAUUGUGAAUGAUAUUGAAUUUGUAUAAGAAAAAGUGUCACUUGUUUUGUGAGUGCUUUGAUGUGCCCUUAUAUUUCUAGUCUACUAAAAAGCAUCUAGGAAGCCAUUCAGUUGUUUUAUUUAAAUAAAAAAAAUUGUAUUAUAUGGAGUUGCUUUCGUUUUAUUUAUGGAAUUAAAUUAUUGUUUACUAUUUUUAUU